AUGUUGGGCAUUUAUUAAAAUGAAUAAUUGCAAUACCGUUUUUAUUUAAUAUAAUAAUAAAGUUCAGAGGAAAUGAACAAGAUCAUAAUUUUGGCGAUGAUAGGUCUAAUGAGUGUAUCAGCAUUCGAUAUUGAUUUCGCUUUGUUGCUUCAAACAGGUUCAGAAUCCAAUGAUGCAGUUUAAGCAGUUUAUGAUUUAUUGAAUGAUUUGAAAACAAGUAACAUCGAAGCCCAAGGAGUGGCAGACGAAAAGAAUAUCUCAGAUGAAGAGAUUGGUUAGGCAAGAAUUGCUGCAUUAUCAAAAGUCAAUGAAUUAAAUCAAAAGGCUUGGGCCAGUGCUAAAGCAAGAAGAGAAUAAAUCGGAAUUGAAUACAGAGAAGCAACAGAUUACAUUGCCUGGGCAACUUAAAGAUUAGCUGAUAUUGAUAGAAGAUCAGUCGAAUUAUAAGAGUUGAGAUGCUUCUCAAAUGGAUUAUUUGUAAGAGCAAUCAAACAACAUAAUGAUGCUCUAGGAGUCAUCAGAGUUUUGAAAAACGAUUUGAGUGGAUAUUUAACAGGAUAACCAUCCUCAUUGGUUGAAAUCAAUGUCCAAAAUGUCUCAGACAAGUUAAAACAAUACAGUCAAUUGUUCAAUCAAGAUGCCAUGACCAAAUUUGCCUAAUUAGCUGCAGAAUAAGCAUCAGGAAAUGCAGAAUUACAUGCAUUAGGAUAAGAAAAUGGAUCAUCAUCAUCUACUGACAGAUAACCAGGACUUAAUGUUGGUUAAUUAGUCUACAAUGCUCUAUCUGAUCUUGAAGAUUAAUUAAAGUCCUCAUUAGCCAAUUUGGAAGCCAAUGAAAUUGCUGCCUAUUAUUAAUUGGCUGAUUGGCUUGCUGAUACAGAAUCUGAGGUUGCACAUCUUAAUGAUGAAAUCCAAAGAAAGACUCAAUUGUAAGAUAAAUUGGUUGUGUAAGAAUAAGCUGCUCUUGCUGUCUAAGCCAAAGCUAACAGUGUUUUGAAGGACUCUUAGAAUGCCAUCAAUGCUGCCACUGCUUCCUUAUAUGAGUUAAGAGACUUGUAUGAAACCGAGUUGAAUAGAAGAAAUGAGGAAAAUGCUAUUAUUGAUGAAGUCAUUCAUAUCUUCAAAUAAUAAGUUUUGGAAAUGGCCAAUCAAACCUCCUAUGGAAAGAAAUGAGUUUAAGACUUAUAUCAAACAAAAACCAAUUUAAAAUUAUA